UGGUCCGGCGGAGAAGGAAGGCGAGCGGGAGGGAGGGAGGGAGGCGCGCCGGUUCCGCCUGAGCCAUGGCCGCUGCGCCUCUGCCGCCGCCCUCCUGAGUUUCCCGGCCGGCUGCCAGCAGGAUGCUCCGGUGCAUGCCGCCGCUGUGGCGGUGCAACCGUCAGGUGGAGGCUCUGGACCGGAGGCACUGCUCGCUGCAGGCCGUGCCCGACGACGUCUUCCGCUACAGCCGCUCCCUCGAGGAGCUGCUCCUCGAUGCCAACCAGCUCCGGGAGCUGCCCAAGCCUUUCUUCCGGCUCCUGAACUUACGGAAGCUGGGCCUGAGUGACAAUGAGAUCCAGCGUCUUCCUCCCGAAGUGGCCAACUUCAUGCAGCUGGUGGAGCUGGACAUCUCCCGCAAUGACAUUCCUGAGAUCCCAGAGAGCAUCAAAUUCUGCAAGUCCCUGGAGAUCGCUGACUUCAGCGGGAACCCCUUGUCCAGGCUUCCUGAGGGCUUCACUCAACUGCGCAGCCUUUCCCACUUGGCCUUGAAUGACGUCUCCCUGCAGCACCUGCCCAGCGACAUUGGCAAUUUAGCCAAUCUGGUCACCCUGGAGCUGCGUGAGAACCUGUUACGGUCCCUUCCAGCGUCACUCUCGUUCCUGGUCAAGCUAGAGCAGCUGGACCUUGGUGGGAAUGAUCUGGAAGUGUUGCCAGACACGCUGGGUGCCCUGCCAAACCUGCGGGAGCUCUGGCUGGACAGGAACCAGCUUUCCUUGCUGCCCCCCGAGCUUGGCAACCUGCGACGGCUGGUCUGCCUGGAUGUCUCUGAGAACAAGCUGGAGCGGCUACCGGGCGAGAUCAGUGGGUUAGUGGCGUUGACGGAUCUGCUGCUGUCUCAAAACUUGCUGGAGUCCAUUCCGGAUGGCAUUGGCCAGCUGAAGCAGCUUUCCAUCCUGAAAGUGGAUCAGAACCGACUGGUGGAAGUGACUGAAGCGAUCGGAGACUGUGCAAAUCUCUCAGAGCUCAUCCUCACUGAAAACCUGCUGCCGGCCCUGCCCAAGGCCCUGGGGAAGCUGACCAAGCUGACUAACCUCAACGUGGACCGGAAUCGACUGGUGGCCCUUCCCCCAGAGAUUGGGGGCUGCAGCAACCUGAAUGUGCUGUCCCUGCGGGACAACCGUCUGGAACACCUUCCUGCCGAGCUGGCUGGCACCACGGAGUUGCAUGUCUUGGAUGUGGCAGGCAACCGGCUGCAGCACCUACCCUUUGCCCUGACCAACCUCAAUUUGAAGGCGCUCUGGUUGGCCGAGAACCAGUCCCAGCCAAUGCUCAAGUUCCAGACAGAAGACGAUGAGAAGACAGGCCAGAAAGUGCUGACCUGCUACCUCCUGCCCCAGCAGCCUUCCCCUAGUCUUGAGAACCUCCUUCAGAGCAGUGUGGAUGAGAGCUGGACGGACACGAACCUCAACCGGGUCAGCGUGAUUCAGUUCAUGGAUGAUCCCAAAAUGGAGGAGGAAGAGGAUGAGGAUGCAGGGGCAGAAAGGAGGGGCCUGCAGCGGAGGGCAACACCCCACCCCAGCGAGCUGAAGUCCAUGAAGAAGGUGAUGGAGGGACGACGCAGUGAGGCAUCCGCAGCCAGGCUAAGUGCCGAGAGGGGGAACUCAGGUCCAGAGCCCCAGAAGAGGCUGAGCGCCACUUCCAACCGCAGCGAGGACUCGCGUCUCUCUGGCAGCACCAUUUCUGCCAACUGCCAUGCAGAGGAGGAGGAGGCAGCGGCCACCAUGAGAGGGGUAGCCCCCCAGGGAGAAGCAGCAAGAGGCUCUGGGGCCACGUCCAAGGGCCCCGGAGCAGAGGAGAAGGUGCCAGGGCAGCAGGAGGCGGCUGCACUGCAGGAGAAGACCAGGGGGGGCCAGGAAGAGGAGGAAGAAGAGGAGGAGGAAUACAACGAGCCCACUGUGCAUUUUGCUGAAGACACCCUUGUUCGCGAAGAGGAGGAGGAAGAGGAGGAGGAGGAGGAAGGAGAGGUGCACCCAUUCCCAGCAGGGAAGCAGCGGCUGAUCCGCAAGGACACCCCUCAUUACAAGAAGCACUUCAGGAUUGCUCAGUUGCCUCGCCCUGAGGCGGUGGUGGCCCUCUUGCAGGGCUUGAGUGCUGAUGGGGGGCCCCAGGAGGAGGACGAGGAAGAGGAGGAAGAUGCUGCGGCAGCAGAGGAGAAGGAGGAAGAAGAGGAGGAGGAAGAAGAAACAGAGCCCCAGCAGACAGGCUGGGAAGAGGAGGAGGAAGAGGAGUCCAAGCUCGGGACCCCCAUUGCUCCACCCUCGGUCAAGGGGGUGUCGUUUGAUCAAGCCAAUAAUCUGCUGAUUGAACCUGCUCGCAUUGAGGAGGAAGAGCUGACACUGACCAUCGUGCGCCAGACGGGGGGGCUGGGCAUCAGCAUCGCGGGGGGUAAAGGGUCCACCCCUUACAAGGGGGACGAUGAGGGCAUUUUCAUUUCCCGUGUGUCUGAGGAGGGUCCAGCUGCACAUGCGGGAGUGCGAGUUGGGGACAAGCUCUUGGAGGUGAAUGGUGUGUCACUGCAUUGUGCCGAGCACCAUGUGGCGGUGGAGGCCCUGCGGGGGUCUGGCAGCACCAUCUCCAUGAUUGUUCUGCGGGAGCGGAUGGUGGAGCCCGAGAACGCCAUCACAGUGACCCCACUGCGCCCCGAGGAUGACUACAGCCCCCGGGAGCGACGAGGGGGCCUGCACCUCCCAGGGAAGGUGGACGGCACUCCCCCCACGGAGCGACUCUCCACCUGCCUGAUGCGCAACGAGCGUGGGCUGGGCUUCAGCAUUGCCGGGGGCAAAGGGUCCACCCCCUACCGACCAGGGGACAUGGGGAUCUUUAUCUCUCGGAUAGCGGAGGGUGGUGCGGCCCAUCGUGACGGGACCCUGCGUGUGGGCGACAGGGUCCUCUCGAUCAAUGGGGUAGACAUGUCGGAAGCCAGGCAUGACCAGGCUGUAGCGCUGCUUACUGCCGCCUCCCCCACCAUUGCCCUGCUGGUCGAGAGAGAGGCUGCCGCCGCCCCGCCUACCGAGAGGGACCCUGCUCCCCCAGGGCCACGUGCCCAGCGGGGGCCCUCUCCGCCACCCAUCCAUGGGGAGAGCCUACAAGAGGAGACGCCCUUGCCACUUGGCUGCCACCUGCCCAGUGCCCUCGAGAGCCAGUACCCGGUGGAGGAGGUGUGUCUGAUCAAAGCUGGGGGGCCACUGGGACUCAGCAUCGUGGGUGGGAGUGACCACUCCAGCCACCCUUUUGGCAUCCAGGAGCCGGGGGUCUUCAUUUCCAAGGUCAUUCCCCGGGGACUGGCCUCCCAGAGUGGGCUACGCGUGGGGGACCGGAUCCUGGAGGUGAAUGGUGUCGACCUCCGCCAUGCAGCCCACCAGGAGGCUGUCAAUGCUCUCCUCUCCCCGACACAGGAGCUGAGGAUGGUGGUCAGGAGGGACCCUCCGCCGCCUGGCAUGGAGGAGAUUUGCAUUGAGAAGAGGCCGGGGGAGAAACUGGGCAUCAGCAUCCGAGGUGGUGCCAAGGGCCACGCAGGGAACCCCUUUGACCCCACAGACGAAGGCAUCUUCAUCUCUAAGGUCAGCUCCACAGGGGCGGCGGCACGUGAUGGGCGCCUGAAAGUGGGCAUGCGCAUCCUGGAGGUAAACCACCAGAGCCUGCUAGGAAUGACUCAUACGGAAGCAGUCCAGAUUCUUCGCAGCGUGGGUGAUGCCCUCCUGGUGCUUGUGUGUGAUGGGUUUGAUGCCAAGGACGUGGCUGCCAUUGAGAUGUCUCCGGGGAUCAUAGCCAACCCCUUCGCUGCUGGGAUUGGGCGCAAGAACAGCCUGGAGAGCAUCUCCUCCAUCGACCGAGACCUCAGUCCAGAGGAGCUGGACAUUCUCCAGAAGGAGAUGGAGAUGAUCAGAGAGACAAGCCAGUGGGAGAGGGAAGAGGCAGAGAAAGUGGAGCGGAUACGCAAAGAGCGGGAGUCGGCCACCCACCUCCUGGUGGAAGAGACGGAAGAGGAGGUGAGCAGGGAGCCUCUUCGCCUGGACUACCGCACACUGGCAGCUUUGCCCAACAGUGGUCUGCAGAAGAGCACCCGAGGUGUUGACAACGCAAUGGCACCCGGGGAGGCCGGAGCUCGGAGGGACUCGCCCACAACUACCCGCAGCCAGCAGCCACCUGGUGCUGCCCCACGGCCUGCCCACCUGGUGGGCAGAGAGACCCGCUUUGCCUCUGUCCAUUUUGUCCCCACCCAGAGUGAGAGCAAGUCGACCAAGCCUGGGACAAUCCAGCCGGUCUCCCGUGCGCGACCGGCCCCCACUCCAGUUUCACCGACGGCAGAAGGACGGGAGAGCGGCCCAAAUCCCUUCCAGCAGCCAGAGGUGCGCUCCAGCGGCCACAACUCCCCUCGGUCUCCCCAGCCCCCGCUGUCACCAGAUGAAACAAUGCCAAGCGUCAGUGCCAAGCAGGCGUACAAGGCCUUUGCGGCCGUCCCUGUCCCUCACCUGUUCCUGGAGAUGGAUGAGCUGCCAGGCCAGAAAAGCAUGGAGAAGGCUCAACUCGCCCCCUCUGAGGUAGGCCAGGGUCUGUCACCAGGGCCCCCCCAUAGUCCUGAGCAGAAGUCCUUCCGCGAAAGACAGAAGUACUUUGAAGUGGAGCUGAAGCAGCCCCUCCUAGCCGAGAAGCCCCCCAAGCGGGUCUCUCUGGUUGGGGAGGACGACUUGAAGAAGAUGAAGGAGGAGGAAGCCCGGAAGCUGCAGCUAAAGCGAGCCCAAAUGCUGGAGGAGGAGGAGGCAGAGGAGGAGGAUGAAGAGGAAGACGAGGAGGGGAGAAGGAGGCACAGACCCCCCAGCACAGCACCCCCCACCAGCAUCUUCAUUGAGGGGGUUGAGUACAAAGUGGAGAAGCUCUCCCAAACACCAGUGGUGUCUCGGUUCCCAGAGCCAGAGAGACACAAUGGCUCCCAGAGAACCUCCCUGGAGGACGGUUGGAGGCCACAGCAGCUGCCACUGCUCUCGUCCCCUGUGGCCCCAGUGGCUGGGCUGAGCCCCCCGUACCCGAGAGGGGGGGAGUCGGCAGCCCCAGUGAGGACAGCCAAGGCCGAGCGACGGCACCAGGAGCGCCUCCGCAUGCAGAGCCCAGAGCUGUUGUUCACUGCCCAUGAGAAGGAGCUGUCCCCAGCUGAGCGGCGGGCCUUGGAGGCCGAGAAGAGGGCCAUGUGGAGGGCAGCACGGAUGAAGUCACUGGAGCAGGACGCCCUGAAGGCCCAGAUGGUCAUCGCAAAGUCCAAGGAAGGCCGGAAGAGGGGCACUCUAGAGCAGCUGGCGGAGUCGCCCUCACCUGCCCCCACCCCUUCACCAACACCCCCAGAGGAGUGCAGCUCCCGGAUUGUUGCCUCACCUGGCAGACUGUCUGUGCCUGAAAAGAAGUUUCUCUACAGAGAAUUUGCUGCCAUUCCUUCUUCCAAACCUGUUUAUGACAUUCAGACGCCGGACGGUGGGGAGACAUGCAGAUCCCUCCUCAACAACAGUGGCAGCGGCAGCAGUGGCAGCUCAGUGAGCCAAAGGCCAGACGGUCCGGUUGGUGCUGAGGAAUCCUUAGCCACGCGUGGCUCUCCUAGGGAGGAGACAGGACUCUUUGGCAGCCAGUGCAGCCUGGGACACGCGCAGCAGCACAGCCUGGAAGCGGCUGUCCCCACAUAAGGGACCUGCGCCCCCCUUCUUGGUGGGGGGCUGUUAAGAAGACCACCAAGCUGGGGCUGUCAGCUCCUCGGGCAGCAUGGGAGGUGGCCAGCUCUGGCCUCUGCGUGGACACUGGACAGAGCAAGCCCACGCCUGGGUGUCUUGCCGCCUCCUCCUCCUCCUCCUCCUGCCCCCCAGCCGUGGGGCAGGUUUUGAGCAGAUGGGGGCAAGGAACAACAGUGGGACAGGGGUACAAACACUUUCUAAGAGUGCCUGAGCCCAUGCACUGUGUGUCCACAUAAGGUUACCUUCGCCAGUGGAGAGGGCUUGGGCAUCCUUUUCUGCUCCACAGAUGAUCUUUGCCAAACAGCAGGUGGGCAACCCUUGCCCCAUGCCGUGCACCCUCACCCUGCACUGGGGAGGGGGAGAGAUGUUGCCAGGGGGACAGCAAAGUGGGCAGGCAGAAGAUGACCCCUUGCUCCAGGGUGCCAUCUUCUGCCUCCUCGCAGAGUCCAGGGCAGCUGGACCAUUGACCCGGCUCGAGGUGGGGGCCGGCUGGGGUAGAACAGUGGGGGAGGCAGUCUAGUUGCAUAGGUUGUGGUGGUGCAGGUAGAAAGUGGUAUAGGUUGGGGGGCCAGGGUGCAGGAAGGGGAUGUAGUGCAGGAAGGGGCAGGGACCGGGCCGGGAAGUGGGGCAGGCAGGAGUCUUGGCCAGGAUGAGCCAGUGGCUCCCUGCAGGAAAGGCUCUUUGGAUGGUGGGGUGGGGGCGCAGGCCGAGGGGUGUGGGAUGGGUGGCCUGGCAGGGGCUUUGGGCUCCCGUGGACUCUCCAGCCCCCCAUUGCCCCCCGAGCAGAGGAGGCGGAUUUCUGCAGCUGCAUGGGGGCUGCUUCUACACCAACCAUUAGAGCUUCUUGAUUUUAACCUGAUUUUAGCGUUUGCUUUUAAUGAGCAGUUGGGGAGUGAUCAUCGGGCCGGGUUUCCGCGACUAACUUCACGACUUUCUCGGUGCUGGGCUGCGGCAUGUCUGUCCUCUCCUGAGAAGCUACUCCGAGGGAGAUUGGGACUGUAACUAGCAACAUUUGUACAACCAAAGAAAUCUAUUUUGUGGUUCAAGGACAAUAAAGUACUUUACAUUUUA